GCAAAACGUUCUUCUGACGUUGAAUGUGGGAGGCUAAUCAUUUCCGGUAUACGAAUUUAUUCAGAAAAUGAUUCGUUUUAUCCUGAUACAGAACCGGGCUGGCAAAACCCGUCUGGCUAAGUGGUAUAUGCAUUUUGAUGAUGAUGAAAAACAGAAACUAAUUGAAGAAGUGCACGCUGUUGUUACUGUCCGUGAUGCUAAACACACUAACUUUGUAGAGUUUAGGAAUUUUAAGAUUGUGUACAGAAGAUAUGCUGGUUUAUAUUUCUGUAUCUGUGUUGAUGUAAACGACAACAAUCUUGCAUACUUAGAGGCAAUACACAACUUUGUAGAAGUGCUUAAUGAAUAUUUCCAUAAUGUCUGUGAAUUAGAUCUUGUAUUCAACUUUUAUAAGGUUUACAGUGUAGUGGAUGAGAUGUUUUUAGCGGGAGAAAUUCGAGAGACAAGUCAAACAAAAGUUUUAAAACAACUUCUCAUGUUAUCAUCAUUAGAAUAAAUAAUAUGUUAUAGGACUUAAUAAAUAUAGACCAAAGUGUUGUAGGCAGAAAUGUCAUGUAUGAUAUUGUGUAUGAUUUUACAACUGUGAACUUUAUAAUAGUUGGUUGUUUUCUGAAAUGUUACUAUAAUCAGCUAUUUAGAUUAAUGUCUUAGUCCAUAUGUAAAAAUCAAAUUAUGUUUCUGAAGACAGCAUUUGAGUUUAAGGUAAAAUAUUUGCGUAAAAAAUGAAUAAAACUAGAUGUGAUUCGAGUGGAAAGUGUAGUUUUUAUUUUGAUGUAAAGUGAUCAUUAUAUUAUCCAUAUGUUGUUUUGUUGAGAAAUGAUAAUAAUGAGAACAUUCAUAGAUAUUGUUCAAAUGAAUGAUACAUUCCAAAAUCAUCUAAUUAUUGUUAAUGAAUAUGCAGAAUAUUAUUGCAUUCUCACACAUGUUUUUGUGUAUCAUGCUUUACUUGAGAACUACAUAUAUAUACAAUCCUGUUUAAGAGACCACCUGUAUUUAUCCAAAACCUGUGUUAAAAGACCACCAAUUUUAGAUCCCUCUAAAGUACCUUUCACAUAAAUUGAAUUUGUAAUAAAAGACCACCUCUCUUAAGAGACAAGAUUUUUGCUCUACCUUCUGUGUCUCUUAAAACAGGUUUCACUGUAUAUAAUUAUCAGAAAGGAAUGGAAAUAAUUUAGGCAUACAAAGUCUAAUUGCAGCUAAGAAAAAUUGAUUAGACCCUUAUCAUAGAAGUAAAUUAAGGCAUUUUGGUGAGAAACUGGUAAAAAUAAAGAGGCCUCUGAAAAAAUUACAUAAAUCCCCAUAUACAGGAAACACUAUCAAUGUUAAAUACUCAUUUAUUCAUUAUCUAUAUGAGUAUUGAUAUAUCAAAUAUAAAUUAGAGGUACAAAACUGUUCUUAUAUUUAUGAUAACAAAGGUGAAAUAAUACUAGAGUUUUUUGCCUCUGGUAUUUGCUGCAAUGGUUUAUUGUCAUAACUGAAGCAUUACAAAUACAUGUAGUACCAUAAAAUGGGAAUGUGCAAUGUACAUCCUGAAAAUAAAGUAUCUGUAAACAUA